UGACCCACAUGGAACGCAUCCUGUGGCGGUCUCGCGAAAUAUCGGACUCUGUCGGCUUCUUCCGAUGAUCUCGGUCAGUUAGCUAGCCAAGCUGACUAGCCUGCUACUACAAGCUAAUGUUUGCAGAAUAUUUAUUGUUAGCUAUAUUAGAGUGGAUGAUACAAAGAUUAUAAAAAAAUGUCGGACGUCGAGGGACAAGGAAUUUGUUCAUCGGUCCCUCCGUUGCCUCACCCUUCUUUUCGUAACGGCUCCGGUAGCAGUAACGUUACACCGGGCACCGGCGGCAGCUGCCAGACGGCAACCACCGUUACUUCAGGCCCACGGCUAGUUCGAAUAGUGAAGUCUGACUCGGGCUAUGGUUUCAAUGUUCGGGGACAAGUUAGUGAAGGCGGGCAACUACGGAGCAUUAACGGAGAACUGUACGCUCCCCUGCAGCAUGUUAGUGCUGUCCUACCGGGAGGUGCUGCCGACAGAGCCGGUAUUUCGAAGGGAGACAGGAUUCUUGAGGUUAAUGGUGUAAAUGUAGAGGGAGCGACCCACAAGCAGGUGGUGGACCUGAUCCGGGCUGGAGAGAGGGAGCUGGUGCUGGCCGUGCUUUCCGUCCCGCCCCAGGAGGCUGACUGCCUGGAUCCUGGAGACGACAUUUCAGCCCAGUCCUGCUAUGACUACUCCGACAAGCAGGCCGUCCCCAUCUCUGUGCCAAGUUACAAACACACAGAGCUCAACCAAGAAAAGUUUGUGGUAUUUAAUGUGUACAUGGCAGGCAGGCAGCUGUGCUCCAAGCGUUACCGUGAGUUUGUAAUCCUACACCAAAACCUGAAGAGGGAGUUUGCCAACUUCACCUUCCCCAAGCUGCCUGGGAAAUGGCCUUUUUCCUUGUCGGAGCAGCAGCUGGACGCACGACGCAGAGGCUUGGAAGAAUACUUGGAAAAAGUGUGCUCUGUACGGGUAAUUGGAGAAAGUGAGAUCAUGCAGGAGUUCCUUUCUGAAUCAGAUGAGAACUACAAUGGAGUGUCAGAUGUGGAGUUGAGAAUAGCCAUGCCCGACAAAACCACGCUCACCAUUAGAGUUCGCAAAAACUCUACUACAGACCAGGUCUACCAGGCUCUGGUUAUGAAACUAGGGAUGGAUAGCGUAACAGCCAGCUACUUUGCUCUGUUUGAAGUCAUCAACCACACCUUUGUGCGUAAGCUUGCCCCCAACGAGUUCCCCCACAAACUGUAUGUACAGAACUAUACCUCAGCCAUCCCAGGAACCUGCCUCACCCUGCGGAAGUGGCUCUUUACUACAGAAGAAGAGAUUCUGCUCAAUGACAACCAGCUUGCUGUUAACUACUUCUUUCACCAGGCAUUGGAUGAUGUGAAAAAAGGCUUCAUUAAAGCAGAACAAAAGUCCUACCAGCUGCAGAAGCUGGCUGAGCAGAAGAAGAUGUCCAUGUAUCUGAGUUUGUUAAGAGGUUGUGAGGGCUACAAUGAGAUCAUAUUCCCCCAUUGUUCCUGCGACUCCCGACGUAAAGGCCACGUCAUCACAGCCAUCAGCAUUCACCACUUCAAGUUGCACGCCUGCACCGAGGAAGGGACUCUCGAGAACCAGGUGAUUGCGUUUGACUGGGGGGAGAUGCAGAGGUGGGACACAGAUGAAGAGGGCAUGGCCUUUUGCUUUGAAUAUGCCCGAGGAGAGAAGAAACCACGCUGGGUCAAGAUAUUUACACCCUAUUUUAACUACAUGCAUGAGUGCUUCGAGAGAGUCUUCUGUGAGCUGAAGUGGAGGAAGGAGGUGGAAGAAGAGGCUACAGACAAGGACAAUAAGAACUGCAGUAAAGAUGGUAUGUGUGGCAAGAAUAUUUUCCAGCUGCUGAGGCACAGAAGGGAUGGAGGCACCUAGGAAGGGAGAUUGUUACCUCUUAACCAGACACAGUCAUCACCAACUCAGCUCAGUUCAGCCCUCAUUUAGCCCCAGACCGAGCAACACUCAGCUACUAACUACAUGGUCAUCAUUUACACUCCAUCAGCUACAACCAGAGAAGUUACCCCCCCGAUACAUGCAAACCAACAAGCACCUGCAAAUGAACAAAUCGAAGCAUAACACGCUACAGACACAUGAACCAGAACUCUUGAAUCCAGCCCACCAUAAUCAUUCAUUAAGCUGAGCUCUGUCAAGUCAUGGAUUGUUGCAAGCCUUCUUCUUAUUGGCAGGGACUUGAAGUGGAUUGUGACUUGUACAUGAGGAGGUUUUGAGCCUCGGAAGUAGUCCUACAGGGAAGAGAAAGCUGAAGUCUAAAAGGAAAUUGUUGGACUAACAAAGGGAAGUGAAAGCUGUUAGUGCUCGUAAUGGGGAACACAGAUAACACUGAUCAGUGAUGUUGAAGGUUGACCACAGAAGGUUUCUCCAUUUACGGAUCAGAGGAGCUCUGUCUUCUUUGUCUUUUUGGCCCAUUGUUAGCGUGUAAGUGUGUUUUUGCAUGUGAACUAUGCGUGCAGAAUUCAAGGGGCCAACCAGAGUGAGGUCCUCAGAAUCUAAGUCGCAGUCACUGUUUGCCAAUCAAUUUGCAUUGAUAAUGAAAAUUAGUAACAUUGUAGCGUUGUCUAUGAGAGAAGGGAGAGAGAAAGUGGAGGUGUUGUAGGAUUGAUAGAUACUUUUUGUCAUUCAGAGACACCGCUGUUAUGAUUUGAUACGAGCAGGAAACAAUGUUAAACUUUAUCCAACAGUAUUAACUCCUCCAAUUGUGUGAGAUCUAACUUAAGAAGAACGUAUUGGGCAUAAUACUGAAACUAGACUGUGCCUAGUUUACAUUCAUUUUUGACUACAGUAUGAUUAUGUACUGCAUCAUGAAUGCAACGUGCAAAGCCAUGCAAACUUAUAUGUAUUUAUAGUACUUUGUGAACACUCCAUGCAAAGUUUUUGAGGCCCAUUGUAGAGCAGCAGUGAUGUGGAGCACACAGUAUUUUGACCAUGCAUUACCCAUAAGGGACACCAGGGGUCCUUCUCCUCCUUUCUGCUGUCUUGCAGGCCCUGAUUACUUUGUUUCUGAGCGCUCCCAGAGGAUUUAUAAUAGGCCUGUAAUUCAAAUGGCCUUUCCACUUGGCAGCACUAUUUAUCUCUGUAGCUGGUACUACUGCACUCUAGAUUCAGGUUAAUUCAGAAGAGGGUUUGUUAGGGAAAUAAGGGCCGCUUGCACACUUCAUCAACAGAUGAAGAUGACUGUGUGUACAUUCACUAAAGGCUCUGUAGCAACUGAUCACAGAGCUGCAGUGUAAUGUCAUUCUGCAAUGUCCCUUUAAAUUAGCCUAGUUAAAGUUCUCAUUCCUAGAAUAUUGUUAUAAGGUAUAACAUAUUUAUCUGACGAUGCAAUAGUGACUUCAGGCUGACAUUAAACUACAUGCUGACAUUAAAUAUGAAUCAUUGUUUAGUGCAAUAUUCUGAUGUUAUUACCUUAUUCAUUAAAUCUAAAUAGCUUAAUUGCAUUAUCAACUCAUGUAGAAGGAUAUUUCUGAAGUUCUUACUUUAUCCAAAACAUAAUACAUAGUCAGUUGCUACUAGGUCUUACAUAAUGAGUCCUUUUAUUAGUGAUGGUUGAUUAUUAUCUUAAUAGUAAUAAGAAUAUUUUACCAAAUCAAUAUACAGCAGUAUAUUAUAAUAUGGCAAAUUUCUGCAAAAACACAUAAGAUAAUGAUGCUCAAAGCAAAGACCUGUGUUCCACUGCCAUGCGUUACAUGAGAUGAACCAGCCCUAACUGCUCUUUAGCUCUAAAUGAGAAAAUCAACAGUAUUCUUUAUUAUCAGGCAAGUAAAGAGUCAGACAUCAGUGGCUCUUUGCUAAGAGUGCUUGUUAUAAUGAUGGUGCUCUUCAAAGAAGCCAUUUUUGGGUGAUUAAUGAGCUUCAACAGACCUUAGUGAGUGUGUAAAAGGAGGCUUAAUUGAAUGUGUUAACCCUUGAAUUGAGAGAAUUGCAAUCCUUAAAGCUGAAUGCAUUUCCCAAGAUUGUUGUCUGUUUACUGGACCAUGUCUGAAGUGAUCGAUUGUAUGACGUUGUCUGAUCUCCCCAACAGGCUCAGCUCUUUCUCUCUCUCUCUCUCUCUCUCUCUCUCUCUCUCUCUCUCUCUCUCUUUCUCUUUCUCUCUGUCAUCCUGACUAAAGCAGUGGUUCUCAACCUAGGGGUUUAGACCCCCAAGGCGUUUGGGAGAUUUUUUCUGUGGGUUGCAAAAUAGUUGGAGAAAAAAACAUGAAAUACCAUUCUAGACUGGGGAAUGUUUUUUUACGUCACUGUGUGAGUUUGGUACAUUUCAUGUGUUAUAUUUAGAGCUUCAGUUGUAAAUCAGGAAGUCCUGGAACACAGAAACGGGUCUGUAGGCGGGUCAGGGGGAGAGAAAAAGUCACAAACGCAUCACAAGUUCACAGAGCCUGAUGUACAUUGGACAAGGCUAGGAGCAAGCUGAUAAAACUAAAUUGUCUUUAAAGCUGUAGCGUGUAGUAUCUGUCGCCCCGACGAGGAAUGUAAUGACAACAAAACUGUCUGUGCAUCCACAUGAUACAAGCCUUCCAUGACCACGCACAAACAUGAUGGACUCUUCAGAAUAAGUAAUUAUCUUCACUUGAGCUUCUGGGCGGUAAAGUCACCGGUCCACAAAAUAUUCAGAACAUAUACUGUGAAAUACAGAGAGAGUUGUGGAGCUGAUAGCCUUAAUUAGCGUUGUAGCUACUCAUUUGGCAAUGGCUUGAAUGUAACAGACUUUCACUAAUAUUAAAAGGUUACACACUAAAGCGUAAUUUAAUCAGAACAUUUACAAAAAUCCCUCAAAAUCAGCAGGGGGAGGUGUGUAGAAACAGCUGUUCACACCCAUUUGCAGCUCUUGAGGGGGGCAGGGGUCGCAAAUACCAAACUUAUUAUUCUGGGGGGUCUUGACUCGAAAAGGUUGAGAACCACAGGACUAAAGUUUAGUGUCACUAAUAUUUAUUUCAUUAAGAUACUAUGUUAAAUUCAGCAUCUCUGUUUUUUCACCUGAUAUGGUUUGGCUUUCAAAGAGUGAUGCUAAGAAGAGGAUGGAGCUUGACAACCUGCAGAUUCUUUGACAUGUUGAAGUGUAAAAAGACUAAGUGUUUGGUUACGUCACUUACUGUAAUAAAUUGUAACAUAUUCUUUUAAAUAAACUGAUUUAUUGAUGCUAAGUU